UUUGUAUUGGUGGCUAUAAGGAGUGGGAGGCUGAUAGGGCAUCGUUGUCUGACGGAGCAUCACAUAAGAAGCAGAACUCUGCAAAAAUGAUGACACCGAUUAGUUUGGGUGACAUCUAAGCCUCCUUGACAAGAAAAAAGAUCAACUCAAAAGAAAGAAAUAUCUCUUUCUAGGCGGACUGAGCGUCUUCUUCCUGUUAAUCCACUUUAAGGGGCGUGGAGUGGUGCGUUUCCGCGGUUCUGUUGAGUGUUUUCUCCCUGUAACCGGAAUAUUCAACCUUGGCUUUUCUAGACCAGUGAUCUGCAACACCCUGCACAACUUAAAAAAGUUUCUGUUCCGACGGACUACCUCAUUUCGUUUAUUUUUUUUUGCCGGGCUGUCAGAGGAUCAUCUUGCCUGAAAACCAAAGCUAGUUGUUUCUAUUGCUGCUAUAUUUUAAUCUCAGCUAUAACGCUUAUAAAUUUGCACAUUUAAUUCUUCUGCAAACUUUAUAGCAAUUCAUCUGUAAAGAUGCAUGCUAGAAUGGAAGCCGCGGACAUAGCAGUGGUGGCACUGUAUUUUGUCCUGGUGAUGGUCAUCGGGCUUCUCGCCAUGUGGAAAGCCAACCACAGCACCGUUAGUGGCUAUUUCCUUGCAGGGCGCUCCAUGACAUGGAUAGUGAUUGGGGCGUCCCUCUUUGUCAGUAACAUUGGCAGUGAGCAUUUCAUAGGCCUGGCAGGGUCAGGGGCUGCCAGUGGUUUUGCAGUAGGAGCUUGGGAAUUCAAUGCCCUCCUGCUUCUGCAGCUGCUUGGCUGGGUGUUUAUUCCUGUCUAUAUCUACUCUGGAGUCUACACCAUGCCAGCUUACCUGUCCAAACGCUUCGGUGGGAACAGGCUGAAAGUUUACUUUGCCUGUCUCUCUGUGUUGCUUUACAUAUUCACCAAGCUCUCAGUGGAUCUCUACGCUGGCGCUCUAUUUAUUCAAGAGUCCUUGGGGUGGAACCUCUAUCUCUCAAUUCUUUUGCUUAUCAGUAUGACUGCUCUGCUAACAGUCACUGGUGGAUUGGUUGCAGUGCUCUACACAGAUGCCCUCCAGGCAGUGCUGAUGGUUGGUGGGGCCAUGACCUUAACCAUCAUCAGCCUCAUCAAAGUUGGUGGAUUAGAGGGGGUCAGAACUAAGUAUAUGCAGGCCACUCCUAAUGUCACUGCUAUAAUGGCUUCCGGAAACUACACCCACUACCCCUCCUGUCGUAUUGAACCAAAGCCAAACUCACUACGUAUCCUUCGUGGCCCUUUCGAUGAGGAUAUUCCUUGGCCAGGUUUCAUUCUGGGGCAAACCCCUGCCUCCAUUUGGUACUGGUGUGCAGACCAGGUCAUUGUGCAGAGAGUAUUAGCAGCCAAGAACAUUGCUCACGCUAAGGGCUCAACACUCAUGGCCGGAUUUCUCAAGAUCCUGCCCAUGUUCUUGAUAGUCAUCCCAGGAAUGAUCUCCCGCAUCCUGUUUACAGACGAGAUCGCCUGCAUCGGGCCCGAGCACUGCAUGGCGGUGUGUGGUUCCCGGGCUGGCUGCUCAAACAUCGCCUACCCGCGCCUGGUCAUGGCAGUGAUGCCCACAGGACUCAGGGGGCUUAUGAUGGCAGUCAUGAUUGCUGCCUUGAUGAGCGAUCUCGACUCAAUCUUCAACAGCGCAAGCACUAUCUUCACCCUGGAUAUCUACCAGACUAUUCGGAAGAGGGCUUCUCAGCGGGAGCUUCUGAUCGUCGGCCGACUGUUUGUUGUGGUCAUGGUAGCAAUCAGCAUCGCUUGGGUCCCUGUAAUCAUUGAGAUGCAAGGUGGACAGACAUACCUGUAUAUCCAGGAAGUCGCUGGCUACCUCACCCCACCAAUUGCUGCCCUUUUUCUGCUUGGUGUGUUCUGGAAGAGGUGUAAUGAGACGGGUGCUUUCUGGGGAGGCAUGACCGGUUUCACGCUAGGUACGAUACGACUAAUCCUAGCCUUCCUCUACCGUCAGCCUCUCUGCAACCAGCCAGACAACAGACCAUUCUUCAUUGUCCACAUUCACUACAUGUACAUUGCAGCCGGACUCUUCUGGAUUUCGGGACUGGUUGCUGUGGUGGUCAGUCUUUGUACCGCCGCACCAGAUGAGGAGCAGAUUCGUACCACCACAAUUUGGGGGCUCCGCAAGCUAGAAAAGAUUCCCCCGAAGGACAGGGAUGAAACAUACAAACUCAAUGAGAAGAACCAAUGCAAUGGCACUGCAGGAUACUAUAAAGAUAUUCCUGCUGAUGUCAAAAGGGAAAGGUGUUUAGAUGGAGCCGAAAUCAAGCUUUUGGUCCCGUACACGGACCAUGAUCCAGCUACACCCAGCACAGAAACGUCCCCGGCCUCCACCCCUGCUGAGCAGCAUGGUUUUAAAAAGAUGGACAUGAUCAGGGCAGAGCAAGGCUGUCAUGGACAAGAGGAGCGCGGCCUGUUCAUGCGUUUCUUCGGCUGUCUCUGUGGGUACAAAGAAGAACCACAUGGCAAUCAGCAGCAAGUCAUGCAAGAGGACGAGCGAGUGGUCGCAGAGCUGCUAUAUGAGCCCCCCAGGGUUAAACUCCUCCUCAACCUCCUCCUACUAACCGUCUGCUCUUUGGGCAUUUUCAUGUUUGUUUAUUUCUCAUUGUAGAAGAACCCUGCACUGAAAUUACCCAACUGUUAGAUUUUGUUUCCAACAUAAAAGAUAUAUGCUAGUUUUUUUGGGCUGUUACAGCAGUAAGAAAUUUCACUGAUUUAAAAUCUUGUCUGUAAUAUUUACAGUUUUUUUUUUUUUUUUUUUUUUUUUUUUUUUUUUACAGGGAUCCAAGCUUGUUAUCAUUUUUUAAUGACUAAAGCGUCUCUAUCUAAAAAAAAAAAAAAAAAAGCUAAACAUAUUGUACUUCUACAUGACUUUGAAUCCUAUUGUUCUUAAUCCUGCAUUUAAAAUAUCUACUGGGAGUUUUAGAGUUGUUCUCUAAAUGAGUUUAAUAUUUGCCUUACCACAUGUGUUUCCUUUUUCUAGUGAGAAUGGGUUGAAGUAAAUUUAAAAACUCUUUAUUUUGAAAGAGGCGAAAGAGAAAACAUCAAGAAUGGGUACACUGGUAGUGUUGCAUAUGUUUAAAAAAAAAAUCAUUUUAUUUCUAGCGAUGAAUAUUAUUAUUGGUUUGAAUUGCUUAAUGUGUUUGUAUCUACAACCACUUGAUGCAGUUAACAUUUAGUAUUGAGAAAUGUGUUCAUGUUUUGCAGCUCAUGAGUUUCAGAAAAAUAAGCACAACUUUAGAAGUGAUUUUCUUUUCUGUAUGUUCUUAUUAUUUCUUUUUAGGAAAUAUAUAAAUGAUACAGUUAGUUACAUGUGUGUUCAAAAAGAGUUUCUUAUGACCAAAUUCUAGUCAUAUCUGGAUCUCUUGCUAUUUCUACUGGUUUUUACAUUGUUAUCCACUGUUUUGUGAUUAAAUUUUUUUUCUCUGGCUGUAUUCUGUUAUAUUUCAUAACUUACGGCUGUUUUAACAUUAAUGUUUGGUAACAGAAAGCAUCUGUUCUCAUGAUUCUGUUGCAGUUCUUUUUCUUGUUUGGCACCACAUCUUUUAAAUCCUUUGCAAUAUGUUAAUAUUGUCUGAAACUCUUUCAGGGCUCCUUUUUCAGAUUUCUUGUGUGUAUUUCUUUUGGGUCUUGUGUUUUUAAAUGUUGUUUGUGCCUCUUUUUAAGUGCAUUUUCUAUAAACCUCCUACCAAAUGUGUCUUAUUGUGAAAUACCUAUGUGAAAAGAAACACAUUUUUUUGUUUGUUUUUUACAAAGAAAAGAAAAAUACUUUUGUUUAAAAUCAUGACAUUAACCAGCUUUUUAACGCAGUACAUUGUUUUGGUUGAAUAAAUUGAGAUGAGAACAUUUCAGUGACAUGUGGAUGUCAGGGUUAGCACUUUGCUGACACAUUUUCUGACAUGGUCAGUGAUCAUUUGUGUUUCUAAUAAUCUGUGGUCAUUGUAUGUGUCCUCCCACAUCAACGACUCACA